GGGUCUGGAUAAGGAGCGUCUGGCCGCUCGUCUCGAGGCUCAUAAGGAAAGCAUCGUGCAGACGGAUCAGAUCAGGUCUCUGUCAGAAGCCAUGUCCGUGGAGAAGAUCGCUGCUAUCAAGGCUAAGAUCAUGGCUAAGAAGCGUUCCACCAUCAAGACUGACCUGGACGAUGACAUCACCCAGAAACAGAGAAGCUUCGUGGAUGCUGAAGUGGACGUGACCAGAGACAUUGUGAGCCGAGAGAGAGUGUGGCGGACGAGGACCACCAUUUUACAGAGCAGCGGCAAGAAUUUCUCCAAAAAUAUAUAUUUGCCAUCCUACAAUCAGUGAAGGCACGGGAGGAAGGUCGGGCCCCUGAACAGAGACAGACCCAGAACCAAACUCAGGUGGUGAGUACACAACAGAGC